AUGAACGAAACAAUUCAGAACUUGGAAAGUCGGCUACUUAAAGAAACUGAUCAACUGAGGAUAAUUAAUGGAACAAACGGAUGUCCCGAUUUCGGUUCAGGUGGCAUUUAUAAAGCAAAACUAAAUGGAUUACAAGACUUCGAAGUUCCCUGCUUCGAGAACGGUUGGAUGACCAUUCAAAAACGUUACGAUGGUUCCGAGAACUUUGAUCGUUCAUGGGAGGAUUACAAGGAUGGGUUUGGAAAAGUCACGAGAGAGUUCUUUUUGGGCCUGGAAAAAAUACACUUGAUAACCAAGGCACGACCUCACGAACUUUACAUUAUACUCGGGAUGUUUAAUGAAUCUACCAGCUACGCUCACUACGAUCAUUUCGAAAUCGGCAACGAGACGGAAUCGUUUGUCCUUAAAUCACUGGGAAAAUAUGAGGGAACAGCUGGGGAUUCCCUGAGCUAUCAUCUGAAGCAAAAGUUCACCACAUUUGAUAGAGACAAUGACCAAAACAUCUUAAAUUGUGCUGAUGAAGAGUUUGGAGGUUGGUGGUACAAGAAGUGUGCUGACAGCAUGCUCAAUGGAAAAUACUAUAGAAAUGGUAUCGUACCCGAAAUACCACUAAAUGGAAUAUAUUGGACUUCCUGGCAAAACGGCAAUUACACGAUAUCCCUAACAUCUGUUGAAAUGAUGAUUAGGCCCACAUUUGAUUGA